AUGGGUGAUGUUGGUGAAGUCGAAUUCCUUGGUGAGUCAUUUCCAGACACUCCUUACCUUGCAAGUUGUCUCGAAGUGAGUGGUGGCAUCGUAGGAUUGAGAGAUGAAGAUUUGAGACUCGGAUCCCAAGUCGCUUGGCUCGUAGACAUCCGAAAUUUGGAUGAAUUUCUCGGCGAUUUGACCGAGAAGUUGGAGUCCUGGAAGGACCUCAGCCUCUGGGUUGGCCGUCUCGACGGUGGUCGACACCAUUGCCAAGUACCAUCCCUUCGGGUGACGUCCGACUUGCUUUUGUGGGAUGAUAAUCUGACAAGACUGAGCAUCGUUGGUGUUUGGAAUCGGGUGAUUCAACAAGCAGAUGGCACGAACGACUUGUCCGGUCUUCUUGACACGAUCCUUGGCGUACGAUGGAUCACAAUAGAUCUGCUUUCCACGAACAAUCUCAUCUCCACACUUCACUCCAAUCGCCUUUCCAUUCUCAAUGACAAUCUCGUCGACUGGCUUGUCAAGCAUAUAAGUUCCUCCGUAGAUUGCGGAGAGACGAGCGAAUCCUUGUGGAAGUUCUCCCAAUCCGUAGAGUGGAUACAAGUAUGGCGACUUUCCGUAACGAGCCAACGAGUCCGAGUACAAACGAAUCUUCUCGACAGCCGGUGCGAAUGGCUGAUUCUUGUGCUCAUCGUCACGGUAGAGAGCAAGCGCGUGUCCGGUGAAGUCGGCGGUGUUCUCAUCAAGUCCGAACUUCUCGUAGACUUGUUGCAUCGUCUGGUUGUGUGGAUCCAAUCCUUGCCACGUCUCCGGCUUGUUCUCAUCGAAUUGUUGAACCCAGACGAGGAACUUCUUGAAGCGACGCUUCUCGAACAUUCCCAUGAGGGAAGUGGCAAGAGCCUCCAUCUCAUCGGCUGGCACCUUGUAGAUCUUUCCGCCUUUCACGACGAACGACGCCUCGAUCGACUUGAAUUCCAAGUAACGAGUGACACCGGUAUGGAUGAGAAGCUUGACGAGCGGUCCGUUGGCCAUCAAGAAUUUUGGGAUCAAGUCGACGUUCCAGUCACGUCCACGACCCAUCUCCGGUUGUGGCUUCGCUUGAGCUCCGUGGAAUUUCUCGUAGAGUUGCUCAAGUGGAUUGACUUGGGUCGAUUCCAUCCACGACCAUUUGUUGACGAUCGGGUUGAACUUCAAACCCUGAAUCGAUUGAACACGGCAUCCCGCGUUUUCGAGAUACGAGGUCAUCUCCGCCGGGGUGAUGAACUUCUCCCAGUCGUGGACUCCUGGUGGAACGAUUCUGAGGAUGUCCUGGAAAUGAUAGGAUUUUUUUUUGCUGAAAUUCUUUCAAAACCAACCUCAGCCAACCAAAUCGCGGCGACUUUGCUCAAGAAUGUGCGGUUCAUCGUGGUGAUGAAGACUGGUGCGCCGGGACGUGCCAACGCUCCGACAGAGUUGAUGAAACUCGGCAAGUCGGCGACGUGUUCGACGAUUUCCGAUGCGAUGACUCCAUCGAAUGCUGGAAGAACAAGAAGAAGUUGGAAUAUAAUUCCUCUUCCUUACCGCUUCCUUCGUCGCAUCAAUUCCAGUCACAUCGAAUCCACUUCUAGCCAACGGAACAGACAGAAGACCCCCGCCGCUUCCAACGUCGACUACGCGAGCUGGACCGGAGCCCUGUCCUUUUCCAACAUUAUCCACAAUCCAUGGUACACGAACUCUAUUAAGAGAGUGAAGAGCACUGAAAGGCCCGGUCGGAUCAGCCCAUUCAGCGGACAUCUUUCCGAAUUUUUCGACUUCUUUCGCAUCGAUAGAAACCGAAGACGCGGUGGACGUCGAGUGGAAUCGAUAGAGAUUCUGGACGAAUCGGGAGGCACUUCUAGCUGGCAACAUUUGGCAACAGUCUGA